GCAGCCAACUCUCACGCAUGGACUGACUUCUUGCAGCUACACGCCAACAUGCCCAACGCAUUGGAGUCGUUGGAUGCUACCGUCGCCAGUCUCCUCGCCGAUUGGAACAUUGUCACCAGUCUCUUGGCCCUCGCCCUCGCCGCCUUCUUCAUCUAUCCCGUCAUCUACCCCAAUGAGCCCGAUACACAUCCUCUGCUCCUAGCUCGACAAGCUACCCCAAGUGCUGUCAGACAAAAAGGCGAAUCAGCUGUAUAUCGAUCACCAGAAGUUCCGCAUGGCUAUGCUCUCAAGUCUGGAUUGAACGUCAAGGAUGCCUCCGCUCCCCGGUGGGCGUCCGGAAAGGACGGAGAUAUUCGAGACAUAUGGCGGGAGGUGCAAAAAGGUGGAAGUCAAGGCCCGGAUGGCAAGGAGAUUCCUCGCGGUCUGAUCAUGACUGUGCUGGGCAAGCAAGAAAUUAUUGAGCACGACGUUGAUGAGCUGAGCAAAGAGAUUGCCAUCAUUGGAAAGCACUUUAAGGACGCCGGUGUCAAGAAGGUUGCCAUCUAUCUGCCCAACAGCGUCGAAUAUCUCUCGACCAUCUUUGCAUGUGCCUUCCACGGUCUGAGCCCCGUGCUGUUACCGUACAACGUGCCUCACCCUAAGGUCUACGAGCUUCUCAAUGCCACUGGAGCUGAUGCUCUUGUCGCAAAUGCCGGAACUAUUCCACUCGACGAUUUGACAAAAUCAUGCCAACAGCUUCGCCUAGUGACUUGGGUCGUGGAGAGGACUAGCAAACACAUGGAUUGGAACGGCGUACCUGAUCACGCUCAAGGUCGUCUGCAGGUCAGCGUCUGGCAUGACCUUGUGGACGAGAACAAAUCUUCAGCCGGUGCUCAGCUACCUUCGAAUGAGAGCGGAGACAAACCAGGAGACGUCAUCUUUGUGUGGCAGCAUUCGGAUCCUGCUAUCAAGCCAGAAAUCGUGGCCUUGACACAAGACAACAUUGUUGCCGGUACGGCAUCUCUGAUCACAGCAAUUCCACUUCGCCAACGCCUAAGCUCAGCUGAUCUGGUCCUUCCCGCCGAUACCUUCACUCACAGCUACGUGCUGUGCCAGACCUUUGCUGCACUCUUCAUGCACACCAGUCUUGCCAUCAAUAGCGUGGCUGUUCCUGGUGUCGAUCUUGCUCUCGCGAGAAGAGGUGUUGCACCAACUGUCAUAAUCGCAAGCGCAGAAACAUUAGCCAAGCUGCAUCAACAAGAGACUGGCGCUCUCAGCUCUGGCCUACAAAAGUUUGGCAAAUACAGCCAGGAUCAGACGAUAGCGGCAGGUCGCUUACCGACAGAUGGAUUACUCUUCAAGCUUCUCGCACCGAAGUCAGGAAGCACUGAGCCCGGCAAGCUUCGCCUCAUCCUCACCUCCGAUCGCCUUGGUGCGGGUUCGCCGCCACUUACUUCCACGAUGCUCAGCGACCUGAGAAUCUUCACACGAAGCCGCAUCAUCUAUGCCCUCACUGCUCCUCAAGUAGCAGGUGCAGUGUCACAGACGAACGUCUUCGACUAUAGACGGGUGGACGGCGCCGCUCACGGCCACUUUGGCGUGCCACUCAGUUCCGUAGAAGUGAAGCUUCUGAGUCCCGAAGACGAUUCACGCGUCGGCGGAUCAGAACCGAAGGGCCAGCUCGCAGUCAUCGGACCCGCCGUCGUUGGUGGACGAGCGCAACUCAAUGUGCAAGCGAGGAUCAGAGAGGAUGGCACUGUAGCUUAUGCAUAGAAUGUGAUACCAAAAAAGGCAUUGCAUGAAAUUUCCAAAGCUGGUCUAAGCAGACUUUUGCCAACCCUCUACUUGCACCCUCCGCAUUCAUUGCUAGGCUUCUUCUGCUCUGAUCCACCGAAUGCUAACCUACUGAUCCCAUCCACCAUACCCUUGAUUCCCGUCUUGCCCGCCGCAACCUGACUCGGCGUGCUCGAAUAUGAAGGCGGCACAUCCAUGCAAGGGUUCUGCGUGAAAAAGUUUCGUGGCCUACAACAACAAUCAUCAGCACACUCAUCUAAACUCGCUCUCUCCAAAUAGAGGACAUCAGGAAC